AUGUUUCGCGCACAGCAGAAUGCGUUUGAUGAUCUCGUCGCCAAGGCGACGGACGAGAACCUGACGGCCGAGAACUGGGAAUAUAUCAUGGAUGUCUGCGACAAAGCUAGUACAGAAGAGAAUGGUGCUAAAGAUGUUGUGGCCUCCAUGAUAAAGCGGCUGGCGCAUCGGAAUGCGAACGUUCAGUUAUAUACUUUAGAGCUUGCAAACGCCCUCGGUCAAAAUUGUGGGCCAAAGAUACACCGAGAACUUGCUUCGCGAGCCUUCACAGAUGCCUUAUUACGACUGGCAAACGAUCGAAAUACCCAUCAGCAAGUCAAGGCGAAAAUAUUGGAGCGUAUGGCAGAAUGGGCUGAGAUGUUCAAGGACCCGGAUCUCGGGAUAAUGAGAGAUCAAUACCAAAGAUUAAAGAGUCAAAACCCAAACCUGCAUCCUCCAUCUGCUCCAUCGAAGAGCAGACUUACAGAUGUAGAUAGGCAGAAGGAGGAAGAGGAGUUGCAGAUGGCGUUAAAAUUGUCGAUUCAGGACAAGACAACCCCCAAAGCUUCGCCUCAACCAACUACUGGGGGACCUUCUCAAGCGCAGGAGCCACUCCAAUCAAGUACGGCACCUUCAGGUACCACAGCUGCAACGGUCAAUCGUGUACGAGCGCUGUUCGAUUUCCAGGCUUCUGAUCCGGAUGAAUUGACCUUUAAGAAAGGUGACAUUAUUGCGGUUCUCGAAUCUGUAUAUAAGGAUUGGUGGAAGGGUUUAUUGAGAGGCCAGACUGGCAUCUUCCCAUUGAAUUAUGUGGAGAAAUUGGCGGAUCCAACCAUUGAGGACUUGCAAAGGGAUGCUCAAACUGAGGCUGAGGUGUUUGGGGAAGCUAAAAAUGUGGAAAAGCUGUUGGCGCUAUUGAGUUCGAGCUCUGAUAUUCAAGAUAAUGAUGAACUUACGUCUACGACGGCUAUUCAUCCAAAAUGUAUUGAGCUGAUUGGGAAAUAUUCCCAGAAAAAAGAUGAAAUGACGCAACUGAACGAAAGGUUUAUCAAGUCAAGAAGGUUGUUCGAAAAUAUGUUGGAGGCCUCUAUGACACAACCCCAACAAAGUUAUCAAUAUGGACGUCAACCACAGCCAUACGGAGGUGGCUAUCCACCACAAGCCGCACCACCUCAGCAAGAUCCUCAGAGAUAUUACACUCCAAAUCCUCAAGAUCAAGGUUACCCUCCCCAACCAGGAUCGCCGCACAACUACCCACCACAGCCGCAACCAUUUCAUUUUGUUGGCGGGCAAAACCAUCCUUCUGAGCCACCGCAAGGCCACCAACCAUAUCCACAACAAGCUCCAACUCCAAGGAUUCCCUCUGGCGGGCAACCUGCACCAAUUCAUACCUCGUCGCCUCCACCUCAACAAUACCCGCCACAACAAGCCCAGAGUGGACAUCGACCACAAAGCACGUACUCAAAUCCACAAGAACUUGCCACAUCGGUCUAUGAUUCACCUGUAAACCAACAUCCAAACGCGCCAUACAGUGCAUCGGUGUAUUCGCAGCAGUCGGAAGAUCCAUACUCUGCAAACCCAAACGCACAACAACCUCCUAGUCAGCAACACUACAACGCGUAUCCUGGAGUGCCACCACAGUCCCAAGCACCACCCCAACAAGGGCCACCUCCCAUUCCAACCGGUCAAGCACCACCAAUUCCAACAGGUACACCCGGGUACCCCAAUAUCGCUUCUCCCUAUGAUGCAAGACAGACGCUUCCAAGUCAAGGAGCCCCAUCUUAUAAACCAUAUCAACGACCCGCGAGCCCUGACUCUGCUAUUCCUGCGCCUUUAGCGCCAAGUGCUCCACCUGGUGGACCGGCGGACUUUUAUAGAUAG